GAGCAGGAAGCACGUUUAUCUGCUACUGCACACUGCCAUAGACACACAUACAUAGACUAGACGCGCCGCAGAGCGCACUGCUUCGAUUCCCACCACUUGUCACCGCCCUCAUCCUCGCCCCCGCCCCAGCCAGCUGUCAUCGUCCACAAGACGCGCCGCGCAGCCAAACACCAAACACCGCCCGUCUGCAGCUUUGCCCAACAGCAUCUCCCCCUGCCAGACGCCACCACCGCCAGCCAGGCGCGCCGCAGUACUCGACAACCACAGGGUUCCUACUGCAAGCCAUUGAAUAGGCAGCACUUCAAACACCCAGCCCAGACGACUUGUCCGACAAGACUUCUGGUUGAGCCCGACUCGCUUGGCCCAAUCCCCAGUCGCAACCACAAAGACAGGCGCCGCCCAUUGUUCACCCAGUUGACGCCUCGCGUGUGUUGUUCUGCGCCGCCCGUAAAGUCUUGUGCAUCGACACAACACUGUCCCUCAUCGCCUCUUCGUGCCCCCAUCGUCACUCGUUUACACUGCCGCGCGCUCUCGUCGCGUUAUAAUCACCCCCGACCACCCGUCCCCUCCUCUCCUCCAACCUCUCGCCACCCCCACCACAACCGUCACCAUGCGCUUCACUCCCUUCGCCCUUCUCGUCCUCGCCGCGACCCCCUCGUUCGGCUUCUUCAUCCAGCCCGGCCACCGCCGCGGCGCAGCCGGCGCACCAGCGACCGCGGCCAAGGCUCCCGUGCCGGCCCCCAAGCCCGUCGCCCCUGCCCCGCUCGACGCGCCAUCAAAGCUCCAGCCCCGUGCCCCGCAGGCAUCCAAGCGCAUGGGCCAGCGGAGACGGUCAAAGAAGUCGGACAUCCUCGUCAAGAAGGACUACUCGUCCUUCCUGUGUCCCGGCGGCGCCGUCGCCUGCCCCGUCCCUGCCGAGGGCUUCCCUGCCGGCCCCGACGGCGUCGCGCUGCCAGAGUAUGCGACCAAGCUCGACGCGCAGCUCUCGUCCCUCGGCGACUGGUUCAAGGUCGGCUUUGAGUGCCUCGAGCUGGAUUCAGAACUCAACCAGUGCGGCGGGUGCCUCGCGCUCGGUCAGGGACAAGACUGCUCGACCAUCGCCAACACGCGCGCAACGGGCUGCGAGAAGGGCGUGUGCACCGUCUUCUCGUGCAUGCCUGGGUACACUGUCAGCGGCGACAAGCGCGAGUGUGUUCGCGCGUCGGAUGCCGGCGGCCAGGCCGUCUUCCAGCAGCGCAGGUAACCCCUGCGGCAGCGCAGCAGAACCACCCCUCCCCCCCCCCCCCCCUACUAGACUAGUCGCCGCACCAAGAUGUGCGGCGAGCCUAAUGCGCGGAUGUGCCCACCGGAGACAUGACCCCCUCCCACCCACCCCCAGUGCCCUGCGCGCAGCGCCGCCGCAGCGGCAGCAGCCAGCAGCCAGCAGUAGCAGCGGCACAUACACGGACACUUUCACAUUAUAGAGCCUGUACAUACCAUUGUGACGCAGCCGUCAUAGCCCCUACCGAGGGUAAUAGAAUGUAAGGAUGUCGACUGUCGAGUAGGCCGCCUUAGUCGUGGGAACGGCGUGGGACGGUAUGGCGUGGAGUGCAGUGGAGCGGGACGCGUUGGGCUGCGCAGUUGGCGCGGCCAAGCUAGCGCUGCUGCUGCAUGCCGUGCC